CAUCUCAAUCAAACCCCGAACAAGCAUGUUCUGAUGGUCCAUACCGCUGACACCAAAACACGGCCAUUACAUAUGAUUUGUGACUACAUGCCAAAAGAAGACUUACUUCACUUUUUGAGAGUUUGUAAAGAGGAGCUAGAAAUCCCUACUUAUCGUCAGCUACUUAAUGUAUGUCUUGGGAUAGCUAACUGUAUGAACUUCAUACACAAGAAGCAAGUCAUUCACAAUCAGCUGCGACCAGAGCAUGUUUUACUUGACGACAACUUUAAUGUCAGAAUCACGGGUUUCUGCCAAGCUAAGAUUCUUUCURAGAAUGAAAUGGAAAGGGGCAUCCAUGGAGARAAGUUGGAUUUGGAAGACCCGUCGAUAAGGUUUUCUGCUCCAGAAUGUCUUGAAGAUGAACCUUUGUUCUCACGAGAGUCUGAUAUUUGGGCAUUCGGUGUUCUGAUGUACGUUGUGUUCACGUGUGGGGGUACCCCAUAUGCCAAUGUAGAUACUAAGAACAUUCAUCAACACGUAAGUAUUAUCGAUGGGAAUCUUUUAUUUACGUGCAGGGGUGCAGACGAACGUCUUAGACUGAUUUCAGAACCUUUGCCAAAGGAAGACAAAGAUAUUGACGUUACGAAACAAACACCAAACACAACCAAAGAAUCAUUGAGCCUUGUGGAUACCAGUAAGCAACAUUUGAAAAACUUAAAGUUAUUGGACCAUCCGCAUCUUGCUAGGGUUGUAGAAGAUCGCAAAACCAAAUCUGGAAGAGUGAUUGCCUACGAAAACUGCGAGGGUCCAAGUCUACGACAUUACAUCUUGGGUAACAAUUGUACACCUGAAGAUGUGACUAAAUUUGCUGCUCAAAUCGCCGAAGCACUACGCUACCUCCACCAAAAGAACAUCGUACUUUGCUUUUUAAAUGCUGAAAGCGUCAGGGUUGUCAAAAAGAAUCAUGUGAAAAUCUUCGGGUUGCACUUCUCUAGAAGCAUUUUACCAUCUUGCAACCAGCUCAACACCUCAUUUGGUGUUGUGAAUGGCGAGGUUCAUCCAGAUGUAUAUCGUUGGUGCGCUAAAGAGGUCAUUCAGGAGAGGAUAUUUUCUCCAGCUGGAGACGUCUGGUCACUGGGCAUGACAAUUUUGGAGAUGUUUCUGUGUCUUGCAAAAGAUUCCGAUACUGCAAAACCAUUCUCGCAGUAUUCUAAUGAAGAGAUUUUGGGCGCUUUAAAGGAGAAUUGCCGUCCUUCCCAACCUGCCCUAUGCCCGGACUGGGUGUACGUACUCGUGACACAGUGUUGGUGUUUAAAAACUACAGAACGAGCUUCUUCAUUAUUAGUGCUCGAUUGUUUGACAAAAAAAUGCCCUUGGGAAUCUUACCUUCUUCAGCGUUGGAUAAAACAGAACGAAAUACAUGAAAAUUGGCCAGAUUUGAAUGUUGUUCAGCAGCUUGAUGAAACUAAUCCCAUCUCCAGACAAGACAUCGAAAGCUCGGUUUCUGAGGAAUUUGCAGGUCCCCAUAUCUACGAGUAUGAGCGUCCAUUUUGGUUAAGGAAAMUCUUUAAACACCUUGUGAAUAGUGGAGGGCGUUUCUUGAAGCUAUCAUCACGACCCCCACGAUCAGAACCACGACCUCAAGCAUCACCACUUUUAUCAUCCGCGUCUUCAGUUUCUUCCUUGCCACCAUCACAGUCAUCGUCAUAUUUAUCAUCAUCAUCAGUACCAAAUUCACCUCAAGAAACACUGGAAGAUAUCAAGCACAAGAAUGAGAAGGGCAAGGAUGAAGACGAUUGUGACGAUACCUACGACUUGCCAACUCUACCAGAAUGCGAAGGGACUUGUCCUCCAAGAUUGAGAUCGGCAUCAUUGCCACCACUCUCGUUGCCACCAAAUUCAACCCAAGAAACAAUUACUGAUAUCAGGCAGAAGGAAAAGAAAGGGGAGGAUGACGACACAUACUAUAAUAUCGACGACUUGCCAAGACUACCAGAAUACAAGGUGACGGCUUGUCCUCCAAGAUUGAGAUCGGCAUCAUUGCCACCACUCUCAUUGCCACCAAAUUCAACCCAAGAAACAAUUACUGAUAUCAGGCAGAAGGAAAAGAAAGGGGAGGGUGACGACACAUAUUAUAAUAUCGACGACAUGACAAAACUACCAGAAUACAAGGUGACGGCUUGUCCUCCAAGACUGAGGUCCGCAUCAUCCCCACCACUCCCCUUGCCACCAAACUCAACCCAAGAAACAAUUGCUGAUCUCAGGCAGAAGGAAGAGAAGGGAGAGGAUAACGACAUAUAUGAUGAUACCAACGACAGGCCGAGACUACCAGAACACAAGRUGACUUGUCCUCCAAGAUUGAGGUGCGUAUCAUCCCCAUUACUCUCGUUGCCACCAAAUUCACCCCAAGAAACACCGACAAAUAUCAAGCACAAKGAAGAGAAGGGGAAAGAAAACGACAUAUACGAUGAUACCUACGAUAGGCCAAGAACAAAAUGUUUGCAUGGUAAUUCCGACCAGGAAUGCUAUACACCUUACCUAGAACCUGAUGAAUCGUAUCAAGGUUUGUCGUAUUCCACAGAGAAUGGAUACAUGUCUUUAAUAAGCAACUCAAGUGAAAGGAUAUUCGAUGUGGAUGUCGCUGGUUCCCAUACGGCUUCUACCAAUAAUGGGGCUGCCAACAAUAUGGAAAAUCAAAAAGUCUUUUUUUCAAUGAAUAUUUAAUCUUCACAACGACAAGCACAAGCCAACGUUUUUACGCUCAAUGACACGUGGCAAUCUUAGCUUCCUAUUAUACCGGACUUGAUUAACUUGCAAACCUGUUUAUUUUUUUUGCCUAAUUAUUAUAAAUAUUUUUCAAUAAUCAAAUAGAGAAGCAUGAUACUGGUUCAUAAACAUUAGGGACCGUACUGAUAGAAUAUAUACAAGAUAUGGCUGGUAGUGCCUUUUAUAGACGCAAUAAUGUGUAAUAAAUAAAUCUAUCGUUCCCCUUUUCUUACCGACAAUUACGACCAGCAUGAUUUUAGCACAGCGGAAUUUUUAUAUUUUCCAUAAUAAUCCAUGUCUAAUAUAUCCUUCCUUAUUUCUGAAUAUCUAAAAAUUAUAUAUCAUGAUUAGUUGUAUUAUUUACAUACCGGGACUUACUCAGUAAAAACCUGUUUAAUAUACUUCCGUUCCUUCGCUGUUCCUAAUCAAUGCGGGUAUCGCCUUUUCACGUCUGAGAAAAACGAUACUUCCUGCUGCCAUGAUGAAGUCUAGAAGUCGAAAACAUUAAAAUUAGACAAUUUGAAUGUCAAAAGAUCUCAAAAAAGUUACUCUUAGCUUUUGAUUAAGCGUUUUAAAAUAUCAAUUAAUUAAAUAGCCUUAUCAUAAUUUUAGUUGAACUUUGUAAACUGAUUUUUUUAAAAUUAAUUCAAACCAAAUUGAAAAUCUCGGUAUGAAUAUGAUAAACAGAAAAUACUAAGAAUAGUUUUUAUUCAAAAUUCGUAUCAUCAAACUCAAUUGCCUAAAAACCCGUUCCGGUUUGUUUUAUGACAUUCACAAAUCGAUCGUGAAUAACGUACGCGUGCACUUUCUAUGAAAUUAUCUCUCUAUAUGCAGUUAUUUCAAAAUGGUUGUUGGAGUCGAAGGCGAUAGGCGAUAUAUGGGUCUUUCCAAGACGGAAAGGAAUAUAUUGUGGGCAUACCUCUAAAGAGAAAUAAUCGAAGCCUAUAAAAUAGUUUCGUCGUCUUUAAAAAACACGACCAAUCACCUUCUUCUUGACGAGAAUAAUAAAAAGAAACGCAAGUCGUAUAAAAUAUUCUUCAGUGUUGAAAUGACCUAUUAUCGCUUAUUUAACAUCAAUUUGUCAAUCAAUGACCUGAAUUAUAUAGGUCCUUUUUAUAGAUAUGAAUAUCAAUAUUUUUCUAGGAAUGUUCUUACAACAGACAUACCAAUCUCUUUUGACAUCAAUGCAAGAAAGCUUUUGUAUCAUAGCUAUGUUAGGCCUCACUUAGGAUAUACUAGUGAACUUUGGUCUCCGCAAGCUAUUGUUAACAUUAAGAAAGUGGAAAGUCUGCAACGCAGAGCCUCGAGAUAU